AUGUCUUCCUUGAGUACCAUAGUCAAGAAUAAGUUCCUCGAGGCUAUACGAUCAGUUAAUCCACCCGGGCGAUGGAAAAUACUUGUUGUCGAUGAGCACUCCCAGAAGCUCCUUGGCUCGGUGCUGAAGCAAUUUGACAUAUUGCAAGAGAAUGUCACGCUCAUUGAAUCCAUAACGAACUACCGAGACCCGCAGCCCGACUUCGAAGCCAUGUAUCUGCUCAUGCCGACAUCACAUAACGUCAAUCGUAUCAUUCGCGAUUUCUCGGACGGCCGCAAGCAGUAUGCAGCAGCGCAUCUGUUCUUUGUCGACGGGUUGGAAGAACAGCUGUUCCAACGACUAACGGCGUCAGCAGCGGAACCCCACCUACAGGCACUGAAGGAGUUGUUCAUCAAUAUCUGGGCGCUGGAGGCGCAAGUAUUCUCACUCCAAUCACCUGCUCUUUUCUUCAACAUGUUUAGCCCGCCGCGGAACGACGCCGCCUUCGCAGUUGCGAAGGCCAGAUUAGAAGAGGAGCUCCUGUUUACCAGUAAAACCAUUUUAAAUCUAUGCGUCACACUCAACGAAUUUCCAUUCAUUCGAUACUACUUCCCUUCACAUCAUCCACCGCUUGGCCCACUGAAACCGAAUGCUACUAUCAGCCCCCCGCCACCACCUGAGGGCAGCGGUCGCUGGCGUACGAAUCUAGCACGAGGAGCAGAGGCAAGAACGUAUGAAGCAACCGAAACCGAAUACCUAUCAAAGGUCUUGGCAUUCCUAGUGCAGCGAAAUCUAGAGGAGCACAAGAAGGCGAAUCCUGAUUUUGGGAAAGCAGAUGCCUCACGACCACGGGGAACUCUGAUCAUAACUGAUAGAUCAAUGGAUAUGUUGGCACCAUUCAUCCAUGAGUUUACGUAUCAGGCCAUGGCGAAUGAUUUGUUGCCUAUUGAAGAUGGAACCAAAUACACUUAUAAAUUCCAGUCAUCGCUAGGCGCAUAUGAAGACAAGACAGCGACUCUUUCGGAUGCUGAUAAUGUCUGGACUGAAGUCAGGCAUAUGCAUAUGCGAGAAGCCAUCGACAAGUUGAUGGCCGACUUCAAUAAAUUCCUAGAGGACAAUGCAGGGUUUAAAGGGGAAGGCGCAGCAAGUCUGAAUGACAUGAAGGACAUGCUCGCAAGUCUCCCGCAAUAUCAAGAACAACGGGAAAAGUUCUCACUGCAUCUGAAUAUGGCCCAAGAAUGUAUGGCGAUCUUCGAACGGGAUAAACUUCCACUUGUUGCCAACGUCGAGCAAAAUUGUUCUACGGGUCUAACUGCAGAAGGCAAGACACCCAAGUCCUUGGUGGAGGAGAUGGUUCCUUUGUUGGAUAGUCGGGAGAUUAUAAACUUGAAUAAAGUGCGGAUUGUCGCGUUAUAUAUCCAGUUCCGCGAAGGUGUGCCGGAUGAAGAUCGCCGGCGGUUAUAUCAACAUGCUCGCUUGAGCCUUGCGGAGCAAGACGCUGUCAAUGCUUUACUUUUGAUGGGUGUCCGUAUAAGUCGAGGGCCAGGGGACAAAGAUAUCAAGAGGAAAAUCAAACAAAAGUCAAGCAAGGAGGAAGAAUACGAACUCUCACGGUAUAAGCCUCUCCUUCGGGCUGUCCUCGAGGAGCAUGUUACCAGCAAGCUUGAUACCUCAUUAUUCCCAUAUGUCAAGGAUACACCUUCUGCCGCUCCACCGGUAGCGCAGCGCGCCGCCCCAUCAGCUGCGACAUCAUUACGCAGCCAGAAACCCGCCUGGCAUAAAGCUCCCAGACCAGGCACUACAGCCAAUGAGACCAUCCGACAGCGAAUCAUCGUCUUUGUCGCUGGGGGUAUGACAUAUUCUGAGACGCGAGAAGCUUAUCAACUCUCCACAUCCUUAAACAAGGACAUUUAUAUUGGCUCAACACACACGUUGACGCCCAAGCACUUCGUUGAUGAUCUUAAGGUACUCGAUCUAGGCGGAGUGGGAUCCAGGGCGCUGCCGAAUGGUCUGAAGGAAGCUGGUUCUGGCGUCCCACGUUCCUUCCAAGAAUACUAUGAUGAGCGUUACUUUACCCAGGACGCGCCUCGCCCUACUAGACAAGCGGCACCCGUUCCGAUUGGAAACUCACGACUGGGUGCGCAGGAUACCCUCAAGCCGAGUAAAAUAUCGCCGACAAACUCGUAUCAAGGCUCGACCCAUUCAAUGACACCGAGUGUCAAGGAAGACAAGAAGAAGAAGAAGGGGUUAUUCAGGUUCUAG